CAAACUCCGAUCCAUUUCAGCUAUUUAAAUCACAUUAUUAUUCACCCUUGUUCGAUCACUAGUCCAACCAUUAUAUUCAAUUUCUCCAAAUAUUAUUGCAUGCGUCGAGUUAUGGCGGAGAGACGGCUUAUGCAAGCGGUGCAGUAUGACAGCUAUGGAGGUGGGGCUGCAGCUUUGAAGCAUGUUGAAGUUCCUGUACCCACUCCUGGUAAAGGUGAAGUGUUGCUAAAGAUAGAGGCAAGAAGCUUAAACCCAUUUGAUUGCAGAAUUGAAAGUGGCAUCAUUCGCCCUUUCCUUCCAUCAAAAUUUCCUUAUAUACCUGCAACUGAUGUAGCAGGAGAGGUAAUGGAGGUUGGUUCUGGUGUUAAAAAUUUCAAGCCGGGGAACAAAGUUGUCGCAGUGCUCAGUGCUCGAAAUGGGGGUGGACUUGGGGAGUAUGCUAUAGCUAAGGAGAACUCAGUUAUUGUUGCAAGGCCACCUGAAGUAUCCGCUGCUGAAGCCGCAGGCCUUCCAAUAGCUGGUGUCACAGCCUACCUAGCCCUCACUGAAGCUGCAGGGAUCAAGCUCGAUGACCCCAUCAGCCCCCACAAGAACAUACUUGUAACCGCUGCCUCCGGUGGAGUGGGUCACUAUGCCGUUCAACUAGCAAAACUCGGGAACCUACACCAUGUCACAGCUACCUGUGGGCCCCGCAACAUCGACUUCGUGAAGAGCCUAGGGGCCGACGAGGUCGUGGACUACACAACCCCGGAAGGGACUGAUCUCAGGAGUCCAUCAGGGUUGAAAUACGACGCGGUCAUUCAUUGCGCCAGGGGCAUUCCCUGGUCUACCUUUAAGGCUAAUUUGAGCAAGAAUGGGAAAGUGAUAGACCUCACCCCUAACCCAACAGCCUUUUUCACAUUUGCCUUGCACAAACUCACCUUCUCAAAGAAGCAAUUGUUGCCGUGCAUUAUAACCCCCAAGAGCGAGAGCCUGGCUUGGCUUGUUGGGUUGGUGAAGGAGGGGAAGCUUAAGACCACCAUCGAUUCAAAGCAUCCUCUAAGCAGAGCAGAAGAUGCAUGGGCCAAGAUGAUGAGUGGACAUGCUACCGGAAAAAUCAUUGUGGAGCCAUAGCCGCAAAGUUUUCAGUUCAUAUAUCUUUUGUGUUUAAUUAUGUUGUCAAAUACUCCGUAUAUAGAUGAGGGUUAUAUACUUAUAUUUGAUUUAGCAAAAAAAAAAAAAAAAACUUAUAUUUGUUAAUGUUGUAAUAAUUUUUGUGAGAAUAAUUCAAUCCAGUCAACUAGCCAAUAAUUAUAGUUGUAGCUAUUAAAAGUUAGUUGGUUCAAUUGAAAGCUGGUGAUGAAUAAUUGUUAUAAAUAUAA